ACAGACUUGAUUCUUACUCUCACAAAGUUUAGGAUUUUCCAGCAGGCCAACUAAACCAAUGUGGAAGCGUCCAGAUUCUUGUCAGGUUGACCAGACAGAGCAGGUGGUGGAUGGAGGGGAAACCACGAGGAUGGCAGAGGGAAGCGCUUAGUUCACUAAAUCCACUAGAUGAGAUUUCCCAUUUAAAACCAUGUUAACAAAACACUUCAAGGGUUGAGCAGAGUUUCCGCCCAUCACCGUAUGUGUUUCAGAGGCUUCAAGUCACCCUGCCUUCCUUCAAACAAUGUGAUACCCCACCAUCAGUCUGAGUUUAACAUGAGGAGCUGUCGGUGAGCAGUGAAGGCAGUGGGAAGCGCUGUGUGAAGGACAAAGGGUGGGGACGCUGGGGAGCAGGAGGGUACCCAAGGUCUGCAAGGUACCCAAGGAACCUCAGGUAACCACGACCCUUGUUUCAGCUGCCAGUGCUUCAGUUCCUUAUGUGUAAAAAGAAAGGCACGAUGCUGCUAGCACCUUAGGGUGUGGAGAUAGAGCCACCUCCAAGAAAGCUCAGUGCCAUUGAUUCCUUCUCUACACCGUGGGGAAGAGAAACAGCACCGAGGAACAACUGCAAAUAGGCUCCCCAGAGCCCGUUCGCCCCGCACACCCGCUCCGCUCCUUCCAGACCCCGCAGUGCCCCAGGUGUCGGGGGGCCGCUCUCCCCCAGUCACUGGGUCAAGACUCCGGCCCCUCUCCGCCCCAGCACCCCCAGCGCGACCCCUCUCCCAACUCAGGCACACCCACGCGCACAAAACACGCCACUCGCCCUCCUCGCACACACACCCCAUGCCACCAACCUUCCCACUCGCCCUCUGGGCGCGCACCCCCACGCGCGCACACACAAACCCACGCGCGCGCACACGCGCGCCUCUCCCCUCCCAGACGCCGGACACCAGGCGCAUGCGCAGCGGCGGGCGCGGAGCUGUCCGAGUGCUGAAUUUAUAGCGCGGUGCGCUCCCGCCCGCCUCAUUCCAGCACAGGCGCUGGGGUUCCCCGCAGCCCCCGCCGCCCGCUCGCUCCCGCACGGCAGCGCCGACACCUCCCUGCCAACGGGGGAGUGGAACAGAGCGAGCCAGUAGCCCCACCACCCUUCCUAAAUGCUACUUUUCAAAGCAAAAGGGGAAUAAAACACACCGGCAACAGACUGCUUGCUCUCAACGCUACUCCCCUUUGGGCGAUGCUCUUUGGGUACUAGGGUUCUCCCUUCUUUUUAUUUCCUUUUUUUUUUUUUUUUUCCCUUCCUUUCUUCUUUUUUUUUUUUGUUUGUUGUUAUUUUUUUAAUUUUUUCUUCAUCUCCCAGUAAAAGCAAGGUGGGGAAUAACCAGGUCUGAUGCUUUGUAUAUUUUCUGUUGGCUGCUGGAGAUGAGCCUAGGCUUGACCUGACCAUGAUUCCAAGGACUGGCAUUUCUUUUUUAUCCCCAGUUUGUAGAGAUCCAGACCUUCUUUUCCUGAUUGUCAAGAAAAAUAAAUUAUUGCUGAAUUUGGGAAUCUAGGCAGCACCAGCAUACUUUCUCCCUGCAUCUCUCUGGAAUCGUUUCUGGGAUAUUUUCCAAAUCAACACAGAAAGCAGGAGGAAUGAACCGGCAGCUAGUGAAAAUUUUGACAACCUUAUUUGCAUUUUUCUUAGAGACAAACCAUUUCAGGACGACUUUCUGUAAAGAACAUGAUUCAAGAUCUGGAAAAUCCCCCUCACAGACCCUGUCUCCUUCAGAUUUUUUGGACAAAUUGAUGGGAAGGACAUCAGGGUAUGAUGCUAGAAUCAGACCAAAUUUUAAAGGUCCUCCAGUAAACGUUACUUGCAAUAUUUUUAUCAACAGUUUUGGAUCAGUCACAGAAACCACAAUGGACUACAGAGUGAACAUUUUUUUGAGACAGCAGUGGAACGAUUCACGCCUGGCUUACAGCGAAUAUCCUGAUGAUUCCCUGGAUUUGGAUCCCUCCAUGCUGGACUCUAUUUGGAAACCAGAUUUAUUCUUUGCCAAUGAAAAGGGAGCAAACUUCCAUGAUGUCACAACAGAUAAUAAGCUGCUAAGGAUUUCUAAGACUGGAAAAGUGUUGUACAGUAUCAGGCUUACUUUAACCUUAUCAUGUCCCAUGGACUUGAAGAAUUUUCCUAUGGAUGUACAGACAUGCACAAUGCAGCUAGAAAGCUUUGGCUACACCAUGAAUGAUCUGAUUUUCGAGUGGCUGAGUGAUGGACCUGUACAAGUUGCAGAAGGUUUAACCUUGCCACAGUUUAUUUUGAAAGAAGAUAAAGAACUUGGUUAUUGCACAAAACAUUACAACACUGGAAAGUUUACAUGCAUUGAAGUCAAGUUUCAUUUGGAGCGUCAGAUGGGAUACUAUUUAAUCCAGAUGUACAUUCCUAGCCUGCUGAUUGUCAUUUUGUCCUGGGUUUCUUUCUGGAUCAACAUGGAUGCUGCUCCAGCAAGAGUUGCACUGGGUAUCACCACAGUUUUGACAAUGACCACUCAAAGUUCAGGAUCAAGAGCUUCCCUUCCAAAAGUCUCCUACGUAAAAGCUAUUGAUAUCUGGAUGGCCGUGUGCCUUCUCUUUGUCUUUGCUGCAUUACUGGAAUAUGCAGCAGUCAACUUUGUUUCACGGCAGCACAAGGAGUUUCUGAGGCUUCGAAGAAGGCAAAGAAGACAAAACAAGGAAGAUGAGGUUGCUCGUGACAGUCGAUUCAAUUUCAGUGGCUACGGCAUGGGUCACUGUCUCCAAGUCAAAGAUGGCGCAGCAGUCAAGGCUACUCCACCAAAUCCACCUCCAGCACCACCAAAGGAUUCAGAUUCCAUCAAAAAGAAGUUUGUCGACCGUGCAAAAAGGAUUGAUACAAUAUCCCGUGCUGCAUUCCCACUCGCCUUCCUCAUUUUCAACAUCUUUUACUGGAUUACAUACAAAAUUAUACGGCAUGAGGACAUUCACAAGAAGUAGGAAACUGGCUUGCCAGGACUUGUCGGCCAAAGUGAUCCACAUGUAAAUAAACAGUGAAAUGUCUCUCUGUUAUUUGGAUAAAGGGUUUCUUUUUCCCCUCAGGACUCUGAAGAGAAAAUGAAAAAGGAAAAGAAUUAUAGAAGGAAAAGUGAUUGCAUGAAACAAUAUGCCUGAGACCAAUCAAUAAGAGUUCCCCUUAUGUACUGUCAGUGUUCUUCUGCCAGAUUCAGCACUGACCAGACAUCUGUAAAAGGGGCCAAAUUUUACUCAACUUAAUCACGAAGAUAUUACUGCUUGAAACAAAAGAGAAUCAGAAAACAAAUAGUGCUCCUAAAACAUCUACCAAGAGACUGUGGUGGCUACAGUGCAGUGAGUUAUAAGAGGACCAAACUUUUUCAGGAUAAUGUUGCCUUUCUAUUUGAAACAAGUCUACUGAGCUACAUUCCAUGACCAUGUCUGUAGUUAGUGGUUUCACCAAGGAGUCCUUUUGUGGGUUGUAAAUUAUUUCUACUGACAAAGGAAAGGAAAAACAAACAAACAAACAAAAAACAGAUUUAUACUUUACUAUCCUUGUGGGUGUGCAUUUUAAUAUUAUCUUGCUUUACUAGAAUUGUAAUUUUGGGGUUGAACUUGUGUGUUGUGUAAUUGAUUUGAUAGCUGACACUCCAAAACCAGUGAAACUGCCCAGUUUAUUUUUGUUGGAAAACAGUGCACUUACUUCAUUUUAUUUCUGCUAAUUUUACAUGCAACUUGAGGUGCCAAAAUUGUAUUUUACCUAUUGUGCUACCCUGUACCACACUACGUAGUAAGAACUUGGUUCCUCAAAGGUGUAGCUCAGUUUAGCAUUGAGUUUCUAUUAUUGCUCUCAUUGUAGCUGCGAUCAAUAGCUCUAUAGGUAAACACAACUUGUUUACAGACUUCUAAUUUAUAUCUUUACUCAAAGUGGCUAUCAUUUUAAAUAUCAUAAUUAACCUAAGAAUUUUAAAACUGUACUGUGAUUUUCAGAACCUGUUACCUUUUGGUGCCGGAUCUGCAUUAUUCAAAUCCUUGCUACAUGUUUUAAAGUAGAAAAUAAAACUUAAAAAAAAAAAGAUGGUAUUUUUGCUUACACAGAAGAAGAAAACCUGUAACAUAAAAUGAAUCAAACAUUAAAAUUUUACACUUGCUGUAAAAGGGUUUAUUAAGAAAAAAAAAGUAUUUGUUCAAAUCCAAUAAAGCUAAAUGUGCUACUAUCAUUUCCUAUGCU